UUUUUAUGACCUUCGUAUUAGUUUUCCAGAAAGAUUUUAUGUGUAGCAGAUGACAAGACCCGAGUUAAUGGACCUUUCCUAUGGAUUGACAUAUCCCUGUUAUCAGACUUUAUCAAAAUGAAGCUUUAAGUAUGAAGGAGUCUUGAUCGACAUGCUUCAGACAAUCUUAAGCAUGAGUUGGAGGAGUUGUAACUUAAUCUCUGAACUAGCUGCUCUCUCGAAAUAAUUGGUAGACUCAUUAUCAUCAACAUAAAACUAUUAUGAUUAAUUGUAUCAUUUUUAAUGACUAGACCAUCACAUAGGUAAUGUUGCAGAUUAGUAAAGACAUCUAGCCAAGCAUGUUGAACUGGGGCUAGCAACUUCAGACCUAUUAUAAUUGUUUGCAGUCUAGUAACUUUUCGACGAGCUCAGCAUAUUUCAUAUAAUAUAUUUUCAGACAACUUACCAAAAUUGUCGAAAGACAAGACAGCAAGCAUAACGAGUCCGAAGCGAUUGACUCCACAUCUUUAUGCUUGGCUGCCUAUUUCUUCUAGCCUGCAGCAUUGCAGAGAUGCUGUAGGCUAACCUGUCAUUUUAGUUUUGAAUUCUCUAGACCUCCGCAGUGGUCCAGUCAUCUAAGUGAUAUAGCUAAUAAUGAAGGUUUAAUUUUUGUGUCUUUAAUAAUUAGUAUCCCAAUUAUUUUGUGUCAGUUAUGUCCACCAGGAUAUGUCAAAGUCUUUUUGGAGAAUGCUUUGACAGACUCCAAGGAAUCUUAUUUUGAGAGCACUCAAGGAUUGUUCAGAGGCAAUUUAUGAAAGACGGUCCUCUUAGAUUUGAGACUAGCAAUUUUCCAGCCAAUUUGGGGGGGGUUACUUAUUUCCAUACUCGUUUUUCUCCAUUACUGGUGAUUGUACAGUAAGUUGUUAUUUUUAUGCACUUUGCUGUAAAUGGACGAGAAAUCUUAGCAGGAUAGAUACUCCAUUACUAUUUGGCGUAAAGCAUGAUGUAAAAUUAUCAUGGUUCUUCAUACUCUUUUCCACUUUGAUUCUUGGAGCCCAGGGAGGAGCUCCUCAGUUUAAGUAUCUUCAUCAUACAAGUGCUGCUUUUCAAAAAGUUUAACAAUAUCGAUUUAUCUGCAAUAACUGAGCAAGCUAUUCUGACAUAAUUAGUCUAUAAUGUCUAGGAAUUGAAUCUUUAUUGUUCAAAGUUUGGCCAUGCCUGAGCAUUCCAGAGGAUGCAUUUUAUUAAUAUUUCCUAAGGAACUUUCUCGAUUGCUGUAUUAUCUAGCAUCCUUAUUAAGUAGCCAUUUUUGCAAGCUCACGAUUAUGGAGGCAUAUACCACUACGUUUGUUCACAUUUUAUUAAAAUAAGCUAUUAUUC